AUGUCGAUUCUCAUCACCGGUGCGGGGGGUUAUGUUGGCCAGGAACUGGCGGCGUCCCUCCUCAAAAGUACACCAGCCACGACAACCGUGACAAUCACCGAUAUCGUUGAGCCCGAGAUCCCAGAGUCAGCUGCAGAGCACUCAAGCCGCCUCAGCUGUGUUAAGGCAGACCUCACCUCCACUAAAGACGUCGACGAACUGAUCAGCGCAUCCAAGCCCUACGAGACAGUCUACAUCCUCCACGGUAUCAUGUCCGGUGGCUCCGAGGCCAACUUUGAGCUGGGAAUCCGCGUCAACCUCGACGCAACACGAUAUAUCCUGGACCGGCUACGCGCGACCAUGCCCGGAGCGAAGGUGGUUUUCACAUCGUCACUGGCAGUCUAUGGCCCUGCACCACCAGGAUUCGUCAUCGACGAGGCAAACUUCCCACCCGUGCCAUCUUCCUCAUAUGGAUCGCAGAAACUCAUUAUUGAGACACUGCUGAACGACUACUCGCGGCGCGGAUUCCUGGAUGGCCGGUGCGUGCGUCUGCCCACGGUGACAGUGAGAGCUGGCAAGCCCACCCAGGCUGCCAGUAGCUUCGCUAGUGAUAUAAUCCGCGAGCCCUUCCACGGUAAGAAGGCUAUUUUGCCUGUGGCCAGGGAAACGGAGAUGUGGAUUUGCUCGCCGCACACGGUUAUCAAGAACUUGAUUCAUGCGCGUGACGUGCCCAAAGAGGCAUUUGGAGACUCAAGAUCUGUUAAUCUCCCUGGGUUGAAGGUCAGUAUUCAGCAGAUGUUGGAUGCUUUGCUGGAAGUUGGUGGUAAGGAGCGGCGGGCUCUCGUGGAGGAGAAAUAUGAUGCUGCUACCGACAAGAUUGUGCAAUCAUGGACUCCUCGAUUUGAUACUGCUCGUGCUUUCAAGCUGGGUUUUGCAGCGGAUAUUUCGAUGGAGGAGAACAUUAGACAGUUUGCAAGCCGGUUUGUAUGA